UCCGUUACCAAAGCUUUUCCUUCUCCAUUGAAUUGAACCCUCUAUUGUCAUUUGUCAGUUCCUGUCUUUUGCUCUGUUGGGUGAUGGAGUACUCUGAUAAAGAAAGCCUAUAUCACAUUGGUGCUUGUGAGGAUAGCGAUGGGCGGGAAGAAAUUACUAUUAUACCCACCAACUGGAUAUCCUCGAAAGGACAUUGUUAUUGGCCCUCCAGGCCACCUAAAAGAAACACAUCCAAACUGAUUGCUAAUCGAGUCGAAACAAACAAAUUUCCAGAGUACGAGUGGAUUUCGUGUAAAUACCGACCAUUGUACACAAAUAUCUAUUCUUACCAAGACGCAUUGAAGUAUGAACGGAAAGCGAUAGACACGUCCGAUCUUGGCACACCAGAAGAAGAGAAGAGAAAGAGGCAAAAACCUUGGAGACUUGCCUCUAGCUCUGACGAAGAAUGCUCGUCUCCAUACCCUAAAAUUCCGAGCAUUUUAUCAAGGGCUUUCAAACAAACGGAGGUGGUGAGACAGGAGCUAUUCCCUUCAACUUCUGAUCAAGAAGAAAUGACAUCUAAUGAAAGUGAGACAAAAGGAAGAACAGGCUACGAAAGCAAUGCGAAGGUGACCCCACUCAAAUCUGUCUCCAGCGAAAGUAGUAGUAGAAACGUUGAUCUGACUCCAGUGAAACUUAGGAAGAAAGUUUCACAAACCAAAAAUCAAGAGAAGGAGCAGAGUAAGCCUUCUGCUAAGUCAAUUAAAAUUGAUAAGAUCAUACCUCUGCAGGCCAGUCCUAAUCGACAAGAGAACCUGACUUGCCAAGACAGGGAUGAUGUGUCAAGAGUGGAAAGAAGUAGUGGUAAAAAUUUGAAUCUAACUCCAGUAAAACCAUUAGUUAAGAAAGUUUCACAGAAGAAAAAUAAAGAAAAAGAACAGACCAUUCCUCUGCAGCCCAGUCCUAAUAGACAAGAGAACCUGAUGCAAAAUCAAGAAAAUGAACCGACCAUUUCUCUGCAGCCCAGUCCUAAUAGACAAGAGAACCUGACGCAGCAGGAUCGCGCAGGAGGGGCCUCGACUCAAGAUCAAUUUAGAGCUCAAUUUGAAGCUCUAAGCAGCAAGGACCAGCUCUAUUAUGUGGCAAGUAAGCUAACCGAUAUGUUUUUCAAAAUGAAUUUAUUUGCUGUGUUUGCUUGCUAAUCGAUUGUGAAACUACCAAACCUACCUUGGUUUGCAACAUUUCAAAUCUCCUGUCA